AUGAGUGUCAUCACGACAACCAAACUAUGUAAGUCGCCGCAAACGAAGAUUUCGUUCAUCGGCAGACUCGACGACUUCAAGUUCUCGGACUCCCCUGAAAGCCCAGUCCUCACCUCCUUCUCGCAAACUACGCAAUCAUCGCAAUCGUCUAUUUCUAUAUUUAACUCACUGAAUUCACAACAGCAACAACAAUGCCAAUCAAACAUUGCAAAUUCGCUACAAAAAAUCCCCACAUUAUUGGAGUAUUCCCUUUCAUACAACGAAACUAUUGUCUCUUUAUUCGAUCGACCAAUCAAACCCAUCCAUUUAUUUGAUAACAACGAGUUGGUUGCCUGGUUGGAAACGUUUGCAAAUGAGAGUUUUAGUCGUCGUGUAGCGAACAAAGGGAUUACCGGUAAAGUGUUUUUGGAGUGGUAUAAAAAGAGUGUAACAAAGUAUUGUGGAGACAUUGAAGAUGUCGAGCGAAUCAUUAAAACGGUUAAACAAUAUAUAACUGCAUCGACAUUCCCUAUGACUGUGCUCCAAAAGAAUAGUUUCACGGACGAGGAAUUACGAGACAUGUACGAUUUAGAAGCAAACUUUACUCGAAGAGAGCCAGUGAAUUUAUCAAGUGUAGACAAGGCACAUGCCAUUAGAAUCACAUUCUUAUCCAUCGAAAUAUUCUUCGCGCGACGGGACCCUAUCCUUGUCGCAGAAGACGUUGAAAACUUGAGAGAAGGUCUUUUCGAGACUCCUUUUGAUGUAUUAACACUGAGCACAGAGAACCUGAAUAUAUUAAAAAGAGUCUUUCUAUUUAUAGAGAGAAUGACUGCAUCAGAGAAUUCGUUAUUUAAUUACUAUAAAGCGGAGUUAGAGGACUUUAUGAUAUCGUGUAUGGCUCCUGGUCUCUCUGUAGAACCCAUUAAAGUGAUUAAAAAGCAUGUGAAAGAGGAAACAAAUCCAUAUUUCUGUUACGAGUCAAGUGAAUUAUAUCCGGGAGAGUUGGUCGAGUUAAUAAUCAGUGAUGUCCUUGUACCUCUCUACCUGAUUCCAUACCAUCAAAAGAUAUCGACAAUAGUGAAUGUCGAAUGGGAGAAUGGUGUGCUAUAUGUUACGAACUAUAGAAUAGUAUGGCGGAGUUAUUCACAAGAUACUCCAGAAGUACGUGCGAGCUUUGAAAUGUUAUAUCAAGUCCCUAUCCGUCUUAUAUUAGAGCACCGGAGUGACUGUAUCAUUGAGAAUGAAGAAGAGAGUGUUUAUCUUCUUCGGGUACUUUCACGGUCAGCACAUUCACAUACAUUUGGGAUGACUUGCCAAGAGAACAUUAAAAUGAUAGAAGAUGUGAUACAGAAGAGCCUUACUCAAGUCAUAUUAUUCGACAAGUACGACGUCUUUGUCAAUAAAAUCGUCUUAAUUGAUGUAGCCGAGAAGCUUUACAAACGACUCAAAAACAAAACAAACUUACAAGUCAACAACGAACCAAAUACAAAAGGAAUGGGGGAGUGUGCAGUGACUUUACAAGAGUAUCCAUUAAACUACAAUCAUAUUAAAGGUAAAAUUGGAGUAGUUUUAGUGGGGGAGAGUGAAAAUAAUGGGCGGGUCUAUCGACUACAAAUAGCAAGUGACAUGAAAGCCUUUGACAAAACGUACUUUGAAGAUAACAACAUCAAUGUCGUUGAGUUUGAGA